CUCGUCCUUCCUCUUCUUCCUUCCCCCUGUUUCUCAUAUUCUCAUGUUCUUCUUUCUCCUCCUUCCACUACUUAUUCUUCGAAAGCUCACAACUUUGUGCUCUUGGCAUUCCCGAAAUGGGUAACGGUUUUGGAAAAAUCUGCCUAUGCUCCUCCGGUGUCGGAGAAAUCUCCCGCCGGUACGAAAUGUUUCCCUCCAAUUCCUACGAAAAGUCUCUCGGCAAUUCAAUCUGCUACACUCGACCGGACCCAUUUCGAUUAUCGUCCUGCUCCAAUAUUUUCUCCGACGAGGAUUCCGCCACGCAGAUGACUUUCAGAUCAAUCUCCGGCGCUUCUGUGAGCGCCAACUCUUCCACCCCACCUUCCAUAUAUCUUGCCAAUUCCUCCCAGCACGGAGCUUCUGCUUUUGAUGCAACGGCAUCGUUUGAGUCCUCCACUUCCUUCACCUCCAUGCCCCUCCAUUAUCAUCAGCCCCGUGGCUCCUCCGUUGCAAGCUCUGGCACGGUGUCCAGCCCCUUGGACGGAAGGUUCUCUUAUUCGGGUUCGGGUCCUAUCGGGGGGCUUGAGCCGAGAUUGAAUGGGAGCUCCCUUCAAGAAGAACAACAAGAAUGCACUGAAUCUGUAAAAUUCAAAAGGACUUUAUCUGAUCGCAAAAAUGGGUCUUUGAUAAAACCCAAUAAUAGUUUAAAGAAGAUUUUUCGGAGAGCGAUUUCGAGCGUCACACCGAUUAAAGGGGUGGUUUCGAUCGGAGAGUCCACUUCAGAGAAGAAGAAAAACGAUGAAGAUGAGAUCGAAAACGAUGAAGGUUGUGCAGUGCAAAGUAUGAAUUUUCAGUGGGCUCAAGGAAGAGCAGGGGAAGAUAGAAUUCAUAUUGUGAUUUCGGAGGAUGAUGGUUGGGUUUUCGUUGGAAUUUACGAUGGAUUUAACGGCCCAGAUGCCACUGAUUAUCUUCUGAACAAUCUCUUUUGGUCUGUUCACGCUGAGUUGAAGGAGCUCCUCAGUAAUGGCAAUUCAGAAUCAGCAAAUGAAGAAUGUUUGAGUCAUUCUGAUGUGCUAACAGCACUUUCGGAGGCAUUAAGGAAGGCAGAGGACGAAUUUCUGAAGGAUUCUGAUGAUACAAUAACGAAGGAUCCAGUGCUGGCUAUGAUGGGUUCUUGUGUAUUGGUGGUGUUGAUGAAAGGAGAUGAUGUUUACGUAAUGAAUGCUGGGGAUAGUCGAGCAGUUUUAGCUCAGAGUUCAGAGCAUGGUUUGAAUUCUCUUCAGCUCACUGUAGAUCACGGCGCGAACGUGAAAGAGGAGGUUCAGAGAAUUAGGAGGGAACACCCAGACGAUCCUUCUGCAGUAACUAAAGGCAGAGUGAAAGGUCACUUGAAUGUCACAAGGGCUUUUGGGGCUGGUUUCCUCAAGCAGCCUAAAUAUAACAAUGCAGUAUUAGAGACAUUCAGAGUGGACUAUAUAGGGGAUUCACCCUACAUCACAUGCUCACCUUCUCUUAAACACCACACGCUCAGCCCUAGUGACAGAUUCUUGAUAUUGUCCUCCGAUGGACUUUACCAAUACUUCACCAAUGAAGAGGCAGUCUACAGAGUUGAAUUUUUCAUGACUUUGUAUCCAGAGAUAGAUCCUGCACAACUUCUCAUUGAAGAAGCUUUGGCCAGAGCAGCAACAAAAGCCGGUAUGGAUUUUCAUGAGUUGCUGGAAAUCCCACAAGGAGAACGACGUUUAUUUCAUGAUGAUAUUUCCAUUGUCAUAAUCUCCUUGGAGGGGAAAAUAUGGCGCUCAUCAGCCUCGUAUACACAUUAAAAGGUGGAUUAACAAGUUGAUGGUAGAGUGUGAUGUUUGGUUCAAAUUUUAGGUAUGAAAAUCCGGAAGCCGAUGUUGUGAGAAACUGGUUUGUGAAUUCUUUGGAUUGGAGAUCAUACAAUAGGAAUACACAGAAGUUACUUUGGAAAAUACUA